GCACAAGAAGCCACACAAGGAAGGGAGGGGAGGAAUCCUCAGACUUUGACAAUCAACAGAUUGUGGAGGAUACUGACACUUGGAAGCCAGGGAAGAUCACAGGCAAGGGUAUGGCUGCAAAGGGGUAACUGCAAGAAGCACAGAACUGCCUGCCAGAGACAGCAGACAGAGGGCUGAUGGAUCUAUCAUUGUAGUUUAAGGAGAUGGAGAUGUUGCUCAGUCAUGCAGCCCAGCAGAAACACAGUUAAGCACAGAGCCAGCACAUGUAUAGCUUAGAAGAAUAGGAGGACAGUUUCAGAAACAUUGUGGCAUCUCAUGGUUGCUGGGGUGAGGCUGCCUUGGAUCUGUCCAGCCAUCCUGAAGCUAAGCUGGAGAGUUCUGGUGUGUUGCUGAAACACCAGCAGGAGGAGAGACAAGGAGGGGGCAUCCUGAAACAGAAGAGAUGACUGUGGUGUCAGGGGAGAACGUGGAUGAAACCCUGGUGUCCCUGAGUGCCCUGGGGCAGGAGGGCUAUGACCCAGAGAGAGCCACCCAGGACUGUUGCGAAAGGGUGGUGAUCAACAUCUCUGGGCUUCGCUUUGAAACGCAACUGAGGACCUUGGCUCAGUUCCCCCAAACCUUGUUGGGGGACCCCAGAAAAAGGAUGCGCUUUUUUGACCCCCUAAGGAAUGAGUACUUCUUUGAUCGCAACCGCCCUUGUUUUGAUGCCAUCUUAUAUUACUACCAGUCUGGAGGAAGACUCAGGAGACCAGUCAAUGUCCCAGUAGAUAUUUUCUUGGAGGAGAUCAAGUUCUAUGAGCUUGGCGAAGAUGUGAUAGAGAUAUUUCGGGAUGAUGAAGGUUUCAUCAAGGAAGAAGAGCGACCUUUGCCUGACAAUGACUUCCAAAGACAGGUAUGGUUACUUUUUGAGUACCCUGAGAGCUCUGGACCUGCCAGGGGCAUUGCCAUUGUCUCUGUCCUCAUCAUCCUGAUCUCCAUAGUCAUCUUCUGCCUAGAGACUUUGCCUGAGUUCAGAGAAGAAGUCAGGUUGUCGGGAGAACGCAUUUUGAUUAAUGGGACCCGCAGUUUCAAGGACAGUCCUUUCACUGACCCUUUCUUUCUUAUCGAGACCCUAUGCAUUAUUUGGUUCUCCUUCGAGCUGCUGGUGAGGUUCUUUGCCUGCCCCAGCAAGCCAGCUUUCUUCAAGAACAUGAUGAAUGUCAUAGACAUUGUGGCCAUCAUCCCUUACUUUAUCACCUUGGGCACAGAGUUGGCCGAGCAACAGGGCAGCAAUGGGCAGCAGGCAAUGUCCUUGGCUAUCCUGAGGGUUAUCCGCUUGGUACGAGUCUUCAGGAUUUUCAAGCUCUCUAGACACUCCAAAGGACUCCAGAUUUUAGGGAAAACUCUACAGGCCAGUAUGAGAGAGUUGGGACUUCUUAUUUUCUUCCUCUUUAUUGGUGUAAUUUUAUUUUCUAGUGCAGUCUACUUUGCAGAAACAGAUGACCCUGACUCAUUAUUCACCAGUAUUCCAGAUGCAUUCUGGUGGGCUGUGGUGUCUAUGACCACAGUUGGCUAUGGGGACAUGUACCCCCUGACUAUAGGUGGUAAAAUAGUAGGUUCUCUGUGUGCCAUAGCAGGUGUGUUGACAAUUGCCCUUCCAGUGCCUGUCAUCGUUUCCAAUUUUAACUAUUUCUAUCACAGGGAAACGGACCAUGAAGAGCAAUCACAAUACACACAUGUCACAUGUGGCCAGCAGCCCAGUACCUUUGGUGAGUUGAAAAGGUGUGAAAGCAAACAGUCUUUUAACAAGUCAAAUUACAUGGAUUCAGAAGAAUUAGACGAUGCCAAAUUUCACCACCAGUACACAGCAAACCAACAUUAUCCAGAGCAAAAGAAGCUAACAGAAGUAUGAGCUUUUUGGAUAGAAAUAAAAAAUCAGUAUUAUGGGCAAACAAGCCUGGUGGCAUUAUUAUACCGUGAUGUUUUGCAGGAAGGUCACCUUUGUAGAGCUUUUAAACAGAUGACAUCAUGUUUAAUGGAUGUAGUCAAUUACCAUGAAAACUAACUUGUUUCCCUGGCAAUUUAUUCUGUUUGAGGAUUACAUUAGAAUAGGAGAGGCAUUUUAGCUGCUGUGAAUUAUAGCUCUCAUCAUACUUAGCCAGGCAGAAUUCUGGGAAAAAAGUUGUAAUUGUGUAUGGAAUUAAAUAUUUAGAAUCCGCCAAGGCUAGAUGAGCCCUGGCAUUUCUGCAUUUGUACUUGGUUAUCCAUGCUGCGGGUCGUAAUGCACCACAGCUAGUUACUAACCUUGUUUGAAUGUCCAUGUUUAAAUGACACCGGUACAACUGUUUCAGAAUUCUAGCUGGCAGAACUUCUCAAGGAUUGUAUUCCAGAGCAGCUGGAGUGUUACAGAUCGCAUCUCCCUAAUAACUCAGUUAUUCCAAUAGGAAGUCCAAAGCUGGCCUGGUUCAGUACAACUUUAUCAAUGAAAGUAGAACCAUGAACUAUGUUCCGGGAUAAACCCUGGCAGGUCCCCUCUUGAUGAGGACACAGUCACUAUGCGUGGAUCAGUGUUUCCCAAGGAAUGCCAUAUCAACAGUGUUCAAACACAUGCCAUUUGACCCGAAUCACAGACGCUAAGCACAUCAUUUAAGUGGCAUUAACAUCUACGGAUAGAUUUUUGCAACAGUGCCCAUUGCCUUUGUCUCAUGGAAACCCUACCAUAACAACAACCUUGUAGGAAGGACUUCUGAAAGCCACAAAAACACGGCAACCUUUCCCUUUUCGUGACAUUGGUUUGGCCCCGGCUCUGAAAACCCAACUGCUUGAGUACG